AUGGCGAAGCCGCCACCCAAACCGGUCAAACCAGGGCAAGUUAAAGUGUUCAGAGCUCUUUAUACGUUUGAACCCAGAACUCCAGAUGAAUUAUACUUUGAGGAAGGUGAUAUUAUCUACAUUACUGACAUGAGUGAUACCAGCUGGUGGAAAGGCACCUGCAAAGGCAGGACUGGACUAAUCCCAAGCAACUACGUGGCUGAGCAGGCAGAAUCCAUUGACAAUCCACUGCAUGAAGCUGCAAAAAGAGGCAACUUGAGCUGGUUGAGAGAGUGUCUGGACAACCGCGUCGGGGUCAAUGGCUUAGACAAAGCUGGCAGCACUGCCUUGUACUGGGCUUGUCACGGGGGCCACAAAGAUAUAGUAGAAAUGCUAUUUACUCAACCAAACAUUGAACUGGACCAACAGAACAAGUUGGGAGACACAGCUUUGCAUGCUGCUGCCUGGAAGGGUUAUGCAGAUAUUGUCGAGUUGCUUCUGGCAAAAGGUGCUAGAACAGAUUUAAGAAACAAUGAGAAGAAGCUGGCCCUGGAUAUGGCUACUAAUGCUGCCUGCGCAACUCUCCUGAAAAAGAAACAGGGAACAGAUGCUGCUCGAACAUUAAGCAAUGCUGAGGAUUAUCUUGAUGAAGAGGACUCAGAUUAA